UGAAUUUAAGCACGAUUUGUCCCCACGAAAUUUAAAAUGUUCAGUCCUUUCAGUCUCGUUUUGAUCAACGUAAUUUUUAUUGGUGGCUUUGUUUGCAUCUUUUACCUUUUCUACCUGGACAAUCUCACCGUCCCACAAAUCCUCGCCUUGCCAAUUUUCCAAGUGAUUAGUCGCUUCAAGGAAAACGCUACAGAGGAUACAAUAGUUUUGCCCGAUAUAACAUGGAUGGCGCUUACAGAAAAUGGAUUAAGCGAAUUUGACAAGCUGUACGGUCCGAGGGUAAUUUUCUUUAUUGAAACCUCCGGCACCAGCAGACUGAAUCCUCGAGUGGUGUGCGCCGUCGAGUCGGCCGCUAAAACCAAUCCAAAGGCAAUGGUUUUGCUCCUUUUGACACAUCCUGUGCGAAUGCUCAAACUGGAAAGCAAUCGAGCCCUGAUUAAGGUUCUUGCUAAUUACACUAACGUCAAAGUUGUCACAAUGGACUCAACGCAAAUUCUUUUGGAAUCAAACUACAGAUCCCUGGUGGAGCUGGAUAAGCACACAAAUUCAAAUAGUGCAAACGUUCACACAAGCGACUUUCUCCGCAACCUGAUGGUUCUCAUAUUUGGUGGAAUUUACUUUGACACUGACUACGUCAUCGUUAACGACCUCUCACCCCUUUUUGAGCAGCAAAACUUCAUUCCGUACACCCAGAGCGGCGAUUUAAUCGGAAAUUUUGCAUUUGGUUUUCGAAGGCAGCACCCAUUGCUGCAAUUGGUUGUUAAAAAAGCUGCCAAACAUUAUGAUCCAAAAGUUUACAUAUCGGGGCUAAUCGCUUAUGUUAACGGCGUUUGCGAAUUUUACAAUUUGACUCACAUCUGGCAAGCCCGGGAUGCGAAAAAACUUGGCGACGUUCUCGUCCUCAACAGUACGGUGCUCACCCCUCUUGACUACCCUUAUUUUGAAAUUUUCUACCACGAAGGGAAAGCAUAUCUUGCUGAACAGUGGGUCAAAAGUUCUUUAGCAGUCCACUUUUGGAACCAGAUGAAUCUGAUGCGUUCCAAUUUAAAACUGGAACAAAACUCGACUGCUCCUUAUGCUGCUCUUGCUAGGCAGUUCUGCCCAGUGGCAUUUUCAAAUUGUGGAAAACUUUUUUGAUUUUAAACAUUACUCGAUCCUAUAUUUCAGCUCACUUGAAAUAAAAUGUCAAAUAUAAAAUAUGUUAACAAAACGGAAGUGUCAUUGAGGAUUUUUUUUUUUUGAUAAGUAUUUUUAGCAAUGUGAGCUUAAUAUAAAUAACAAAAUAAAGUCAGCUUUAUCCAUACACAUUAUAGUGCAUCUUAUUUGAAUAUAAAUUUGGUAUUCAAAGCUUUUGAAUAUUUAAAAUUUUAAGAUGGUACGUCGUAAAAAUGAUUACUAAGUGACUUUUAAGAGGAGUAUAUUUAUUUGUGGCAUAUGUUGAACGUACUGUUUAAACUCUUUAGAUUAUAUAGCAUUUAUCAACUACAACCACACUUUUAUGAACGCAAGAGUAAAGAAAAAAAAAUCUAAAAAUUUGAAGAAAAUACUGAAAAAUGUCAUAUGAAUUCAAUAUUUAAGACACAUGAUUAUAACAUUUCAUAACUUUAUGGUUCCAAAAAUUCAGGGAUUGGAGAACGGGGAGAUUAGGAUUAUAGAAUCUUAAAUGACACUCUUUUGAGGUACAGAAAUUACGUUGUUUUUUUCUUUCUUCAAAACUGACAAAGAAAUUUUCCAAAAAUAAUAUAAAAAAUAUUUUGAUACUAUAUUUGCUUUAAGAAAUACAUAAUUACAUUGUGUUUAUUUUUAGUUUCAAAAUCAAAAUGUGUUUACAUUAAGAUUCCCUAAAAUAUUUUUUACAGGCACUGUGCUGCAAUUUUGCCACGCACGCUCGGUUUGAAGGUAUAUUGUCCAUAUUUUUUUAUCAUUAUAAUUAGCAACCUCUCCCCAUGAGGAAGAGUUCAUGCACACAUGCAAAAAGAUAAUAACAUACAACCCAAGAGCACAACACUUUUAAAUUUCAGCACGAUUAGUCACCUCAAAAUUUAAUAUGUUCAGUCACUUCAGUCUCGUUUUGAUCAACGUCAUUUUUAUUGGUGGGUUUGUUUGCAUCUUUUACCUAUUUUACCUGGACAAUCUCACCGUCCCACAAAUCCUUGCCUUGCCAAUUUUCCAAGUUAUGAGUCGCUUCAAGGAAAACGCUACAGAGGAUACAAUAGUUUUGCCCGAUAUAACAUGGAUGGCGCUUACAGAAAAUGGAUUAAGCGAAUUUGACAAGCUGUACGGUCCGAGGGUAAUUUUCUUUAUUGAAACCUCCGGCACCAGCAGACUGAAUCCUCGAGUGGUGUGCGCCGUCGAGUCGGCCGCUAAAACCAAUCCAAAGGCAAUGGUUUUGCUCCUUUUGACACAUCCUGUGCGAAUGCUCAAACUGGAAAGCAAUCGAGCCCUGAUUAAGGUUCUUGCUAAUUACACUAACGUCAAAGUUGUCACCAUGGAUUCUACACAAAUCCUUUUGGAAUCGAACUACAGAUCCCUGGUGGAGCAAGAUAAGCACAAAAAUUCAAAUAGUAUAAACGUUCACACAAGCGACUUUCUCCGCAACCUGAUGGUUCUCAUAUUUGGUGGAAUUUACUUUGACACUGACUACGUCAUCGUUAACGACCUCUCACCCCUUUUUGAGCAGCAAAACUUCAUUCCGUAUUCCCCGAGUGGUGACUUAAUUGGCAAUUACGCUUUUGGUUUUCGAAGGCAGCACCCAUUGCUGCAAUUGGUUGUUAAAAAAGCUGCCAAACAUUUUGAUCCAAAAGUUUACAUAUCGGGGCUCAUCGCUUACGUCAAAGGCGUCUGUGAAUUUUACAAUUUGACUCACAUCCAGCAGGCCCGCGAUGCGAAAAAACUUGGUGAUGUUCUUGUCCUGAACAGCACAGUGCUUACCCCCCUUGACUACCCCUAUUUUGAAAUUUUCUAUCACGAAGGGAAAGCCUACCUUGCUGAACAGUGGAUCAAAAGUUCUUUAGCAGUCCACCUUUGGAACCAGAUGAAUCUGAUGCGUUUCAAUUUAAAACUGGAACAAAACUCGACUGCUCCUUAUGCUGCUCUUGCUAGGCAGUUCUGCCCAGUGACAUUUGCCAAUAGUGGAAAGUUAUUUUGAUUUAAAAAUUAUAUAUCGUUAUUUACUCUUCUCAUUGUCAAAUAAAUAUAAAAUUGUGUUAAAAAACCAUCGAAUUUUGAUAGAAACUGAAUUUCAUUUUUUAGUGUAUAUAUUUUUAUAUGAUGAAAUGUUUAAAAUAUAAUUUUAAAUUUAAAAACAGCUU